AUGUCGUGGAUGAUAACCGUCGGCCACCAGAUGAGUUUCAGAUCCGGGGCAAUCAGGUCCAUCGGCGUGCGGGAAUUCGCCGCGACGACCACGGCUGUGAUCCUCCGCGAUUUGGCGGCCGCGACUUCCGGCGAAUGGCUGAGGGCGGAGGGGAUAACGAUCGCGGUUGGCAGCAGGAUGGUCGGCGGGGGGCUUUCCAUUUCGAGGGUGACCGUGUCGACGCCGGAUUGCAGUGGGACGGCAAUUUUGAUGGUGGCAGAUUUCCUCCGGCCAAUCGAUUCCUCGGGCGUGAGAUUAGGGACGGUCGAGGAAAUAAUUUUUCCUCCUUUUCCUGGCUUUGGGCGUGUUUUUUACAGAGCGUACCACUCCCCGUCGCCGGUGAUGCGGCAGUGGCUCUCAAGGAUCCAGACGCAUCUCGUCUUCUUCGAGGAGGCUUCGUGUCUAUUAGUUGCAGGCCACUUCGGUUCCGGCGGCAACCCGCCAUAA